AUGGCCGUCUCCGACAGCACAACAUUCGAAGCUACGCGCCGCCGUGGUCAGGAUAAGCCCCUCGCCGAGGCUAUCGCUGCCAUCACGCGAGGCAUCCACGCCCGACUUAACAAGUCCAUUGUCGCCCGACUACCUCUGGCCCUGCCACCCCGCGCCUCAGAUCCUUCCACCUACGUCACCGGACUCUUGCAUGUUACACCAAUAUACCUGACUUUUGAGAGUCUUUGGAACGAAUUCCUCGGCCCGGGCCCGGAAGACGACGUUGGUCCUCAUGCCGAGCUGGUUGCGCCGCUGCUGCCCCUAUCCGACACAACCCAUGAUGACACCUCACCGGUGUCCACCCCGGCACCGCAUCAGCGCAAGCUCGGCCUCCCUGCUCGAGUGCACUCUGUACUUCAUGCUCUGCAGCUCCCGGGGCUCGCGCGAGGGGGUUGCUUGAAAGCCGACAUCAAAGCAUUGACGGGUUGGUCUGACCACGUCGUCGAGAGCCAGCUGGAAUACGCCGCCCAAGCGCCGGCUCUUGCUGCCAUGAUUAAUCACAUGAAGAUUUCCAUACAGAACAAGCCGCUUCUUAUCGUGACCUAUACAUACAUCAUGUACAUGGCCCUCUUUGCUGGAGGACGAUUUAUCCGAGCAACGCUAGAAUCGACAGGCGAUGAAUUUUGGCAGACUCCUCUGGCACCCAUCAAGCCCAGCAUGCAGCCCUGCAUACCUACGCCGGCCUUUCAAGACGGCAUGACCGAAGACUCGCAGUUCCACAACGAGUCGCAUAAAUGCCACCCUCUGCCACUGAGCUUCUUCCACUUUGACACCCCACACGAUGGCGAGGACUUGAAGGUCGAGUUCAAGCGCAGGGUGCGUAUCUGUGAAGCAGCUCUCGACCCGCAGGAAACGGACGACAUUGUCCAAGAGGCGAUGCAUAUAUUCGAGCACAUGAUUUCUCUUGUGCAGCAAUUGGAUGCCAUCUGCGAGGACGAGACUAGUGACAGCGCUGCGACGACACCCGGCGACUACCUGCAUUCCGUGCCUCUACUCAGCCGCCUGCGCGAUAGCGUGUCCGUGACCAAGGAGAGGAACGCCAAAAGCUCGCACGCAACGUCUUCCAGCGAGAGCGACAGCGCUGGUACCGUGAUCCGUCGACGCAACACGCGCUCCAGCGCCUCGUCCGAAUCACGCACCAGUGGAAGCGUUGUUCCCGAGCACCCACAAGUACCUGUCGUCACGGGUGUUGAGGUGUGUCCUAUCGCGGCCGUUAGAUCCGUCUGCUUCAAUUCUGGUCUGGCGCUUCAACCGCAAAACGAGCAAACGACGAUGGCGGCGCGGCUCGAGCAGCUCAACAAAGCCGACUUGGCCCGUUACCUUUUGGUUGCGCUUUUUGGUAUUUUGGUCACGGGUGUUUUUUUGGUCUCGAGAUGA